AUGUCAAGCCAACCGAGCAAUGCACCCCCUUCCUCAGCCACCAAUGCGGUCCUUGUCGCCUCUGAACCCGUCCCUGAGGGGACUCACAGGGUCAGCGGGGUAGACUUUGAGAAAUACCUGGGCCGCGAUAUCACUGUCGCAGAGCUAGUCGAUAACAUGAAGCACAUGGGCUUCCAGAGUAGCGCUGUCGCUGAUGCAUCACGUAUCAUCAAUGAGAUGCGCGCGUAUCGUCAUCCUGAAACCGGCGACAAGACCACAAUUUUUCUCGGCUACACCUCCAAUCUGAUCUCCUCCGGACUGCGAGACAGUAUCCGUUAUCUAGUUCGCCAUAACCAUGUUUCCGCCAUUGUUACAACUGCCGGUGGAGUUGAGGAGGACUUGAUCAAAUGCCUGGCUCCCACGUACAUGGGCAACUUCACGGCUCCUGGUGCUGGUCUCCGAGCAAAAGGCCUUAAUCGAAUCGGUAAUCUCAUCGUCCCCAACAGCAACUACUGUGCGUUUGAAGACUGGCUGGUGCCUAUCCUAGACAAAAUGCUGGAGGAGCAAGAGGCGGCCAACAAAAAGGCCCAGGAGACAGGAGACGAGGAGGAUGAGCUACACUGGACUCCGAGCCGUAUAAUUGAGCGGCUAGGCCGAGAGAUCAACCACGAGGACUCGGUGCUCUACUGGGCUGCCAAAAAUAACAUCCCAAUCUUUUGCCCCGCCCUCACCGAUGGCUCACUUGGUGAUAUGCUAUACUUCCACACGUUCCGUGCGUCCCCCAAACGACUGCGAGUCGACAUCGUCGAUGACCUGCGUCGCAUCAAUACGAUGGCUGUACGGGCUGCCCGCGCAGGAAUGAUUAUCCUCGGUGGAGGAAUCGUCAAGCACCACAUUGCCAAUGCUUGUCUAAUGCGAAACGGAGCGGAACACGCCGUUUACAUCAACACCGCACAGGAAUUUGAUGGUAGCGACGCUGGAGCUCGUCCGGAUGAGGCCGUAAGCUGGGGUAAAAUCAAGGCGGAUGGUCAGUCCGUCAAGGUGUACGCGGAAGCAACCGUCGUGUUCCCUCUCAUUGUCGCAGCCACCUUCGCACGAGCCGGUCAAUCCUCCCCCGCUGGAGAAGAAUCUCAACAUUGA